UUUCGAUUCCCAUCGCAUUGCCUAAUCGACACAUCAUUUUGACACACAUAAGAGCUGUUUUUAAUAAAAAAUACGAAUAAUUUAAAAAUAUUAUAAAAUGCAAUGUCUUACACCAUUACUAUUAAUUGUAUUCAGUAUCUUAAGUAUUACUACGGCAUGGCGUACUUUCUUAAGAGGUCGCAGUAAAGGAGGCAAUUUAGGAAAUCCAAUUUUGUCUUCUGACACACCAUUUCCUACAGAUCAAUGGUUUCUUCAGUAUCUCGAUCACUUCGAUCCAACUAAUGUUAAUGAUUGGCAACAGAGAUUCUUCGUUAAUGUUGAUUUUUAUAAACCCAAUGGUCCAAUAUUUUUAAUGAUUGGAGCUGAAGGUACAGCGAAUGCGUCAUGGAUGGUAGAGGGUGAAUGGAUUGAGUAUGCCAAAGAAUUUGGAGCAAUGUGUUUCUAUCUAGAGCAUCGAUAUUAUGGGAAAAGUCAUCCCACUAUAGAUCUUAGCGUAAAGAACUUAAUGUAUUUGAGUUCAGAACAAGCAUUAGCGGAUUUAGCGUAUUUUAUCGCCAGUGUUAAUGUUGACCUUCCAAGAAAUACAAAAUGGAUUGUAUUUGGAGGAUCAUAUGGUGGAUCUCUCGCUGCUUGGAUGCGUGCUAAAUAUCCUCAUUUGGUACAUGGAGCUGUGUCUACUAGCGGACCACUACUAGCACAGAUUGACUUUUCUGAAUAUUAUCAAGUUGUUACAAAUGCUUUGAAAGAGUAUUCUGAUCAAUGUGUCAGGAUAAUACAAGAGGCUAACUCGCAACUCAAUAUAAUGUUACAUCAUACUGUUGGUCAACAGCAAAUACAGAAAAAAUUUAGAUUAUGUGACCCAAUUGAUCCUGGAUAUACAAAGUUAGUAGAUAUUUCCAACUUAUAUGAAGCAUUGGCUAGUAACUUUGCUAGCGUUGUACAAUAUAAUAAAGAUAAUCGCCAAAGCUCCUCAUUUGUUAAUAUCACUAUUGAGACCGUAUGUGAUAUAUUAGUAGAUGAGAAAAUAGAAAAGGCUAUUGACAGGCUUGCUUAUGUAAAUAGUAUGAUAUUGAAUGCUACCAAAGAAAAGUGUUUAGAUUAUAGAUAUGACACGAUGAUUCAUGAACUUCGAAACAUCACUUGGACUAGCGAACAAGCGGAAGGAGGACGUCAAUGGAUAUACCAGACCUGUUCGGAGUUUGGAUUCUUUCAAACCUCCACCGGACAGAUUGAUGUGUUUGGGAAUAAAUUUCCAGUGGAAUUUUUUGCACAGCAAUGCGUCGAUAUUUUCGGGCCUAAGUAUAAUAUGGACUUAUUGAAAUCUGCAGUCACACGAACGAAUAUUUUAUAUGGUGCAUUAAAUCUACAAGUGACAAAUGUAGUAUUUGUACAUGGUUCUGUCGAUCCUUGGCAUGUGUUGGGCAUCGUACAAUCUUCUAAUCCACAAGCGCCUGCCAUCUAUAUCAACGGCACUGCACAUUGUGCAAAUAUGUAUCCUCCAUCAGAACGUGAUAUGCCUCAACUAAAGGAAGCAAGAAAAGUAAUAAGAGGUUUAAUCAAGCAGUGGCUACAAAAUUGAGCUGACUGUGUGAUGUUAUAGAAAUAAAUACCAUAAAUAUCUUAGCCAUUAAAGAAUGCCAAUUUUUCAAAUUUUUCCAAACAAUUAUUAAUGUUCCAAAUAUUUUAGAAA